UGUGCAACCACCUUCAAAAAAUUGUUCUAGUCUAUGUGGUAUAUAAAAGUCUUCCUGCGCUUGGCGGAAUUUAACUUAUUGAACACAAUAUUACCAGGCGAGAUGUCCCUUGAAAUAGCCUUCACACAUCCAGCAACCGGAUCAAUAUUUGUCCGCUUUGGCGGAUUUGAUGAAGAUUUAAUUAGCUCAUAACCUCCUUUGAUUUGUGCAGGUCUCUCAUUCUCCUUGCAGUCUCCCCCACCUUCCACACAGUGCACAGAGCCUUGUCGACUGCGCACGCCGUUUCAUGGCUGAUUUGGUGCCCACCUUCACCUCUAGCGAGCUGCUAAAUCUCAAGGCAUCCCAGUACGUCAGUGCUGCAGGGCUUGUGGUUUUACUCUGGGACCACUUAUUGACGUUUCAUGACGAGGUUGAGCUAAUCUGGCGUGCUCGGUUGUCUCUUCCCAAGCUGUUGUUCUUAUUCAACCGAUAUGCCGUCUCGGCUUCUCUGAUCAUCCUCACUUACGCGUUCAGUGGUAUUUCAGAUGACAUUCUUUCAGAUUCGUUUUGCCACACAUGGUUUGGUGUCGGGGUAGUAGUCGGCAUGGUAUCUAUCGGCACCAGCAACUUCCUCAUCCUCCUUCGUCUAUGGGUCCUCUGGGAACGCAGAACCCGCCUUGUGGUCUCCACUUUGAUCCUUUUUCUGUUGACACAGACAACGUCAAUCAUUUGUACUUCCUACAUUGUAUGUAGCAUGUUGCCCUAUAUGAUCUUUGAGCCUCAGUUGCAUGUCUGUAUGUUGAUAAAGGAGGUGGAUUUUGUGAUUCUGUGGGCCCCAGGGAUUGCGUUUGAACUUAUGAUAUUUAUAAUGACCUGGUGGAAUGCCCUGGACCGGCCACUCCCACGGCAUGCAAAGAUGGCGAGGGUCAUGUAUCGUGACGGAAGCAUCUACUUUUUCGUUUUAUUUGCACUGCGUCUCCUAAACCUGGUUCUGUCCCUCGUUGCACCUCUGUCAUUAACAUUCCUUGGAGUUUUUUUCAUCUGGAGCGCCUGCAAUGUGACACUGACCCGCCUUAUCAUGAACUUGCGGCGGGUCGCUACCGAGGCUGAAGAGAGUGACUUCGAGGAAACUUGCAUUAACCCUCCACGCGGCUGGCCUCUCUUACCUAGACAGGAGAAUUGUGCGACUGAAAACUUUGAGCUUCAGGGCAAGAAGGGCCCCGAUGUGGGGGUUUGUAGCCACCCUUGUCCUUCUGUUACGUCGACCAUAGUGUGAGGGAAUAGGCAGUCCUCAUCGAGACAGCAGUCUGGGGUUGUAGCAUAUAACUUUACUGUAUCGUUGCUCACAACACAACUUAGUACACUUAGUAUACUUGUUCGCUCGUUACAAUUACUUAGGUUCAGUUUUAUACGGAUCCCUGUGGCAGUGCAGCACGCUCAAAUUUCAAAUUUCCGAACUCCGUGAAAGUGGUUUGCAUUCACAAUUGUCCACGGGGAAAAGGAAGAUG